AUGGCUACUAACCUACCCACAACGGUUAUUGACAUCCAUAACACCAUGGUUGAUAAAUUGUCGCAAAAUACAACACCAGAGGAUUUACAGAGAUUAAAAGAUCUUUAUAACAAUAUUCCACUUACCCGAGUUGAUAUGAUAACAAUAAACACAGUGCCUGUUCUGAUUACUCGCCUCAUGGACGAAAAAAUAAUUUCUUAUGGAGACUACAAAAUCUUAGUACCAAAACUGGAGUCAGUGAAGCCUAUACUGUGUGAUAUCGUAAAUCAGUGCACUGAGGAUAUCAGGAGAAUACUCAAAUCGGAACCAGAAACCGAAAAGACAGCGGCGGAAGAUCCGGUUAUUAUGAUGUACGAGCCAAAAUAUCACACCAGAGUAGGAUCCACGGCAUUCUUGGAUUGUACAGUGCAUCCUGUACCAGAAAGAAUUUUAUGGAAACGAAACAAAAGUCCACCACCAACGGGAAAACUUUUUGCUGACAAUCGUAAAUACCAUUAUAGGACAACAUCGCCUACACUUAUGAUAAGAAACCCGAACAAAAUAUAUGAUGAAGCUCACUAUCAAUGUACGGCAGAAGCCAAUGGAAAUAGAGUAUAUGGCGAUAUCGUAGAACUAAAAGUGUCUGAUGAUGAACCAAGGGAGAGUAGUACAACAGAACUUCAUCCACAACAGAGGGGUGAACGAGCAAUGAAGAUGAAGACAGUUUACACUGUAGCCUUGGUGUUGGUCAUUUCUGGAAUACAAAGGGUGCUGUUUGACUAUGAUCAUGGAUCCUCGUUGUCAUAUCUAACAAGCAAUGGAUGGACUUUAAUUGUUUCUACGGUGGCAGCUCUAUUUUCCGAUUGGCUCUGGUGUCGUUUCAAAGACAUCUGUAGUCCUAACCAAGGUUGCUUGAUGUUGUUUAAAGCUAGAAAUGCUAACAUUGACAUGGAAAGACAAGAGUCGAAAAAAGACAUUGAAAGCACAUUUGCAAAAAGAACUCAUCAGGAAGAACGAGUGAAGAAUGUCCAACUGAAAACUGGUUCUGUACAAGUAUGUAUAUAUAUUACGGGUGCUAGGAGUCCAUCAGAACCAUCUUCUGUACAUCUCGCUGAAGAGUUUAAGCAUUACCUGCUGGAUGGUGGAACCAUACAACUAACUGACGAAUCACAGACAGUGUUAGAUAUAGACAACGAUAGUUUCCAGAUAAUACCACAUAAGGCAAGAGAGGAUGAUCUUCCGUAUGUCAACAUCAGCCAUGGCGAGUUCACUGUUCCCGUCGGGAAAACGGCCAUCAUCCAAUCCUACGUCAUUGCAUCACCGAAGGUUACAUCAAUUCAGUGGUUUAAAAUAGAAGGUGAUGAAGACAUUCCAUUAGAAAUAGAUAACAAAAGAUAUUUCGGAAGCUGCGAUACCACUCCAACAUUAAUUAUCCGCAAGACAAACAUCGACGAUCAGGGACAGUACAGGUGUACAGCUACCAACUGUAACGGAACAGGUUGGAGCGAUGUUUCGGUCCUGUCCAUACAAUCUGGAAAUGAUGACGUCAUUUCUAUUGAAAAAGAUGAUGGUGCCGUUGGAACAGACAAUGAUGCCAUAAGAACAGACGAUGGUGCCGUUAGCGGUGACGAUGGUGCCAUAAGAACUGACGAUGAUGUCGUUAGCGGUGACGAUGGUGCCGUUAGAACAGACGAUGGUGCUGUUAGAACAGACGAUGGUGCCGUUAGAACAGACGAUGGUGCUGUUAGAACAGACGAUGGUGCCGUUAGAACAGACGAUGAUGCCGUUAGAACAGGUGACGAUGAUGCCAUAAGAACAGACGAUGAUGCCAUUAGAACAGACGAUGAUGCCGUUAGCGGUGACGAUGAUGCCAUAAGAACUGACGAUGGUGCCGUUAGCGGUGACGCUGAUGCCGUUAGAACAGACGAUGGUGCCGUUAGAACAGACGAUGGUGCCGUUAGCGGUGACGGUGAUGCCAUAAGAACUGACGAUGGUGCCGUUAGCGGUGACGGUGAUGCCGUUAGAACAGACGAUGAUGCCAUUAGGGGAGGCGAUCCCACUGCCACCGAACAAUAUCAAUUCAAAGACAAAGGACCACCAGCAGCAAAAAGACCGAGAACUGAAAGAGUCCUGAACGGUAGGUAG